AUGGCGAACUGGCAACAGCUCAACCCCUUCAGCAAGAGGGAGUCUCACUCAAACGGAGCUAUCCUCACGUACAAGAUCCUGACUCUCCUCACCUGGGUCCUGUCCCUCGUCGUCACCGUUUACUACACCGUCCGCCGUCCCGAAGAUGGCCACACGAGGAAUAGAACGAUCUGGGAGCAGAACCACUUGUACCCCACCGCUUUCAGUCUGAAUUCGACCAUCACCUCCAUCUACUGGAUUGUCCUCUUCUUCCUCCAGGCUGGUUACAUCGGCCACCUCUUCUCGAGCAACUCGGACAUUGUUCAUGCUGCCGCCAGCGUUGGGAGCCACUUCAUCUUCAACAACCUCUUCCACUUCGCCUUUGUCAUGCUCUUUGUCCGAUCUCACUUCCACUGGGCCGAGGUCAUCUUGAUUCUAAACUUCAUUAACCUUUCUUCGCUCUAUUUCCGCCACAACACCUAUCCUCGAUUCAUCCACACCCCGGUUGCUUCUGGACCUCUGGCCUGGACCUUUGUUGCCAUCUACUGGAAUGGCGCUCUGAUGAUUCCUCACCCCCACCAUCUGGUGCCCCGCAUCUUCGGAAACAUCUUCAUUUGGGCCAUUCUCGCCUAUGGAUUGUUCUUCAUCAUCAUCUACAAGGAUUACACCAUGGGCUUCUCGCUCAGUGUUCUAUCCGCGGCUAUUGGUGUUUCGCAAUUCCUCGACAAGGUCAUUGCUUUCCAGUGGAUCUUCGCUUUCGUCAUCAUGGCUCUUCUCUUCAUCGCAACUAUCAUCGUCGCAGUCCCUGCCUGGACUGGCAGAGAGAUUAGCUGGCGAUCUGCGCCUGCUGACCAAGAGCGCGCUCCUCUCCUUGCAGAGAACUAA